ACCACAGCUCUAAGGUUUGGCUCCUCCCGCCACUAUCAUCCCUCCAGCCAUCGUAGCCGGGAGCUCACAGUCGACGUAUUAUAGGACCUCUUUACAGUCUGAAGAAUUGAUUUAAUUGGAAACCGUUUAAGUUUGUCUUUCGUUUUUCAAGGUUUGAACAUCUUCUUUCCCAAAAAAAAAAAACGGAUGGGGAGGAUCUCAAUGGCUUACAUACACGAAGGUGAAUGGCCUCCUGGGUCAGUUGAUAUUCACGUCGUCAAAAAGAGUCUUCGAAAGGCUGUAUUUGUAGCUAUGCUUCUUCUACCAUUUGCCUGCAUUUUCCUCUCUUUCAAGGAAAUUUCAUCCACUCUUAUUUUGUGGAGAAUGCUGCUAAGUGGACACUUUGUCAUAUUAUUAUUAUUGGUUUGGAACCCUGUUCACAAAGAGUCUGUCAUCAUAAUGCCAGCCUUUGGAGUUCAGCUUGAAACUCACUAUGCAAGUGGAAGAAUCAUCCGCAGAUUUAUUCCAGCCGGAGAGAUUUUGAAACCUGUAUUAUUAGAAUGUGUAACCCCAGUAACUUGUUAUUGGAGCCUCUCUUUACUUGUGCGUGGGAAGGAAGAGCUGGUGUUGGUGUUCAAGGAGCUACACCCUCCGAUGAAGAUGUUGCUUCCUGUAUGGAAGGCCUUGUGUGCUAGCAUGGAGAACAGAGAAAGUCGAAUCACAUGUGGGGAAGGUGAAGAUGGUUGAUUUCAAGGCCGUGAAAGUACAAAAAGAAUUAUAUUGUAACACAUCAAUUAGCAAAGAGUACAUCUGGAUUGCUUGCUGCAAGUGUAGAGAAAGAGGAAAAUGCAUUCUCAUUAGAGUUAAAACAAACUAGUCCAUUCUUGUAGAAGAGGAUGAGCAUUAAGAGAUUAUCAGCAAGUUGUCUGUUGCAAAAGGAAACAAACUGUGGAUGACCUUUCCAACUCAAUCAAACAAGAUACCAUAUGCUUUUGUCCGUCUGUUGUCUUCCCUUCCCUU